AUGUCUUACAAAGGGGGCAACCAAGAUGACAAGGCUGGUGCUGGGAACAAGGUUCCUGCUUGGAAUGGGUCUCCAGAGACUUUCUUUCAUUUCACCCAGGAGGUGAAGUGGUUCCUUGCUGGGACCAAGACAUCAGAGCGAGCAUACGCGGCAGCGAGGCUAGUCAGGAAGCUUCUUGAAUCUGACUACCCUGCUUUGCGAUCCUUGAUGUACCGUUUGGACCCCUCCGAGUUCAGGGAUGAAGCGGCGAUCGCGAGAUUGAUCCAGUUCUUGGAGGCGAGCCCGAUGAACAAGCAGCCAAUCCCAGAUGCCGGGGCGAAAUUGUCAGCUUACUACAGGAAGUUGGCAAGACGUUCAGGGGAGACGAUUCCGCAAUUCCUUAUCAGGGAGGAGACGCUGCAUGAUGAGAUGUGGCGAGCACUUCAACGGCUUCUUCGAGAGAAGGAGCUUGACUUCGAGAGAUACGAUGUCACCAUGGCUGAGUUGAAAGAGUUCUGUGGCAUAGCCGGUGAUGCCAGUGUGUACUAUGGAGGCAUCGGGGAGCAGGAGAGCACGCGGACGACUACGCCGCCUGCAGGAUCUGCAGCGGCCUCGGAGCAAGAUGAGGAAGAACAACGGCCGGGAUCCUCCGAGACUCGGUCGGCGACGCCUGCGCCUGUACAACGCAAGCCCCUUGACAUGAUCCAGCGGCUUAUGGACAAGGGCUUGGUCCCCUUGGCGGCGUUGGAUAUCAUCAGGGGCUGGAUGGUGCUUGAGAUGGCGUCGGAGAACGACACGGAGAAGACUCUGGUGAAAGCAUCGGCGCAGAAUAAGCUGGGGUAUGAUAGUGUCCGCAGGGCGCUUUUGACUCUUCAUGAAGAUCGAGGUAAAGGUUUCCAACAUCCGCGUGGACUACGGCAUGGACCUGGCAAGGGUAAGUAUGGGGUGAUGUAUGCCAUCGAUGAAGAGGGCGAUGUUUCCGGUGAAGGCCUGGACGAAUGGGGCAGCGACCAAUGGGAUGCUGAAUGGGCUUACUGGACACCCCACGAGGAGUAUGGCAGCGUGGCCCAGGACUACUACUGGGUGGAGCCGGAUUCCAACGCGGAGGAGAAUAAUUUGGAACAGGACGAAGCAACCUCGAAUCCCCAGCUGGAAGAGGCCAUGCAGGCUUUAGCAAAGCUCCAGGAGGAAGAGAAAGAUCUUCAGGUCUAUAUGGCAGAUGCCCAAAGGAACCUCGAGCAGGCUCGCAAGGCGGUGGCGGCUGCUAAGCGAGAUCGGGGUUGGACUAUGACGUCAGCUUCGGGGAAGCCAGCCUCAAAACCUACGAGUACAUGGAUGCAACAGGGCAAGGGCGUAAACCCGAAUGUCAUGUACUUUAACAAGGGCAACAAAGGAUAUCACCAGGAUCCCUUCAAGGGAAAGAAGGGGCAUGGCAAGAUGAAGGGCAAGUAUGCGAGUUGGAUGGUGGAGCCGCAGUACCAGAUGAUGACCAUGGAUGUCCUUCCUUCGUCCGCCCCCUCGAGCUUUUCCGGUACGCCCGCCGAGCUCUUGCAGGCAGUGCCCGAGCAGUUGAUAUACCCGACGGAGGCGGUCUUAGACACGGGAGCAACAGUGUCUGCAGGAGGAGAGGCGGCAGUGAAUGCGUUGAUUUCUAGUUUGGCACAAGUCCGUCCGGAUAUGAACUUGACCAUUGUGCAGCAGGAUCGGCCAUACUUUCGUUUUGGCUCAGGGUCUUGGGGUCAAGCGUCUUACAAGGUGAAUAUUGAUAUACCAGGACAGUCUUUCAAAUUACAAUUCUACGCUUUACCGUCACCUGGUGUACCCGUGUUGCUUGGUAUGCGGGAGAUGAGGCAAUUGGGCAUAAUUAUCAACUUGGAUACCGCCAAUGCAAUUGUGUUGAACAAGCCCUGGCAACUUAGGGUGAACUCUAAGCAGCAGAUUCUUAUGGACAUGAAGGCCGUUGUCGCAGAGAUUCCCAUGCUAUCCUGUGGCAGAAGUGUUGCCUUUUGCCUUCUUGAAACCGACAGUCAUUCGAUGAACAUGAUUGAGCCCAACGAUGUGCCACAUAGUGUAGCCGUGACGUCUACGAAUGUAGAUACAGGCAAGACAUGUGGUGAUGCAUGCGGUGACCGAGAUGGUCACACUUUGUUUCCUUUGCAGGCAGCGAUCGACGAGGCCACCAAGCAGAUGAUCAGGGAGACCGUGCGCGAAGCCGUGCGCGAGGAGGUGCAGGCGAUAAAAGGGCGCAAGAGCAAGAGCAAGAAGGAGCCAAUGCCAGAAUUAGAUACAACCAGAACCAUGAAGGAAGAGAGCGCAGACCCCAGAAUGCAGGCGACUCAAUGGCCAUGCUUCAACCGACAUGUGGUGAAGAAUGGCGGCAAUCGGUUCGCCGUCUGGAGUCAAUGCGCCCGAUGCGAUGUGCGUCUGACCUACACACCCAGGGUGGAUGCGCCGGCGAACAGCAGGCGAAGCGAGUUACCAGCGCAGGUCAUUGCUGCGCUGGAGCGCCUGCGAGCACAGGGCGUUGCGCCCGAGGACAUGGAUGGCAAGCUUGUGCGCAGUCAGAUCAAGAUCAUCGAGCAGGAGUACGUGCUGAAGGGAGCCAAGACGGACAAGAAGAAGCAGGGCUACUCGGACAAGGCCCACGAGGAUCACUCGAGCAACGACGCAAUGAAGAAGAAGCCUCCGCCUCCAGUUCCCGUUGCCGGGACCGACUCGUCAGAGGAAUUGGAGAUGGACACGGAGAUGGUGAUAACACCCUCGCGUGUGAAGGGACAGAAGCAGCGCGAGAUCCAGAAGAAGGAAGCCGACCCGACUGGCCAGGAGACGGUCAACAAGACGGGGAAGAAUGCAGGACCUGCUCAGUCACUCGUGGCUGUGAGGCAGGAAACGGAUCCCAUCAGCCUGUGGGAAGUAUGCUGUGGAACGAAUUCUACACUUACACAGGAGGUGCGGCAUCUGAUUCAGAUUUUCAAGGCAGUCUUGGAGUACGAUAACAGCAACGACGUAUAUUUUGAAUGGCCAACCGCAGCCAAGCAGGGAUGGGAUCUGCCUGAGUGGAAGCAAUUCCAAGACUGGCUCUGGAAACAUUUUCAGCGUAAAGUGUUUUUCUGCAAGAUUGAUGGCUGUAUGGUCGGGUUGCAGAAUGGUGAAGGGGUACCAAUCCGCAAACAAUGGACGAUCAUGACCACGGAUAAGUACUUUAAGGACCAUGCUGAAGUUACCUGUCAAGGAGGACAUACUCAUGUUCCUGUGAUUGGUUCGGGACGUGUGGUCGAGAAGUCGGGAUACUAUCCACAGAAGUUCGCUAAGCGCAUUGUUCAGGUUUGGAAGGGAGCCCUCCAUCAGGAUAGUGAUGCUUCAAUCCUUAGUGACGUGCAUGUUUUGCAACAAGAUUUGGAGCAGUUGUAUCCGACCACAGCCACAACGUCUUCAUCAUCGUCAGCGACCUUGCCUCAGAAAAGAGCGGCAAGCCGAGAGCCACGAUCCAAAGGGCAUAUGGCAGAUGCACCGCCGGGACCAGCUAUCCCUGCUCAAAGCGGUACCGAACCGUCCGUUCAACAUGACCCUAGUCCAGAUGAAGAUCGUGUCCUAGAAGAACAGCGACAAAAGGGAGUAGCAUUGCUUCAUCGACUACAUAAAGCAGCUGGACACCCAUCGAACAAAGCUCUAGUCAGGCUGUGUCGAGAUCGGAAGUUGGCUAAGUGGUUGAUAGAAGAAGCGGAACGACUAGUUUGCCAAGCAUGUGUGGAUGCAGAACGCGGUGGACAUGGGGUCGUUCAGAAAUCACUAGGACAACAACCGCACCCAUGGCAAAUGGUUGGCAUUGAUGUCCUAGAGGUGGCGUUCCCAGCUCAAAAAUGCAAGUCCAGGUUCUUGAUCAUGACAUGUUUGGCUAUGAGAUUCAUUUCGCUAGUGCACCUCUGGACCGGGAGCUUUAGUGAUACCGGAACCGAUGCAGGGGAGAGAAUCAUCAAUGCUUUUUGCAAAGGCUGGUUGCUUCAUCGGCCUCGACCUGAAUGGAUUGUCGUGGACUCACAGUCAUCCUUGAGAUUCGGGCAGUUCCCAGAAUUUCUUGAACAUGCCGGGAUUGGUCUAACGGUUGUGCCCGGUGAGGCACACUGGUGCCACGGCCGAACAGAAGCGAUGGUGCAGGUGGCCAAGCGCACCAUGCGGCGUCUGCGCAAUGAGGCGCCGGAUCUGUCACCGCAAUCGUUGGCCACUCUGGUGGUGAAUGCGCACAACAAUUCAGAUAAAGUCUUGGGGUAUUCACCGACACAGUGGGCCUAUGGGUAUGAUCCGAAUCGUGACCAUGAUUUCGAGGAUCCCCUCGAAGCAAACAAAGAUUGCAUGCCCGGUCCCAAAGUGUUCCAGGAUAUGGUCAAGAUGAGGGAGAGAGCAGAACAAAUCAAUCGAGAAGAGCGCGCGCGUGAGAGCUAUACUCGAUUGGUAAAUUCUGCGCCCAGGCCUUUGAUCGACUACCGCAUCGGUGACUUUGUUUGUGUCUGGAGAUCGGCUACUUUGAAGGCGCGAAAGCGAGAUAGUGAGUAUAACCCUGAACCACGGUUUAUUGGCCCAGGAAGAAUCGUCCUCAUUGAGCCGGCCAUCCUUGAAGGCCGCAAAGAAGGGGUCAUUUGGGUUUUGUAUGGCACCACUCUCUAUCGUUGCGCUACAGAACAGCUACGUCCAGCCACAUCCCCAGAAGUGACCAUGGAGUUGAUCAAGGGAGGAACGGCUGUGGUGACACCUAAGAAUGAAUUGCUCAGGCGUCUCAAGACGUAUGUCGAUGUGGUUCCCGAAGCGGAAGCGGCCAAGAGGCCACCGGAUCCAGAAGCAGAAAGAAGGGUUCGGCAAAGAAGAGGGGACAGUCUAGAGGAUCUCAAACGGUCAUGGGAGAGAUUGGUGGCGAUGAAUGAAGCUAGGAGGACGGAUGGUUUGCCACCAUUGUUGACCUUGCCUCCUCAACCUAUGUCCCAAACACGACAGGCGUCUUCGCCCGAGAUUUUUCACAUGGAUGAGUCCGACGAUGUGUUACCAGAAGAGGCCCCAGAGCAUCAUAAUCAGCCUCAUGAAUUGUUGCAGCUCUUACGUGAACGCAUUCAUCAACUGGAGCAGAAAAUUGAGUACGGUAAGGAAACCGAUCUUCUUCGAGCCCAGGUUGAGCGAGAGCAUCAGCAAGAACUACAACUUCUGCUACGUUUGCAAGAUGAGAAGGUUCGGGAACAGAAGUGUUUCGUUAUUGAGUUCGAUAUCCAUAACGAGGACAGUUUGAUCUCGAAUCCACUGAUGUAUACAAAGCAUGUUCUUGAGAGCAAAGGGGCUGAAGUCAACUACCGCCAUCUAAAGUCUGAUGAGUGUGAGCUAUUUGAUGAGGCCAAGGCUCGCGAACUAUCAGAAGUUGCAGGGUCACAAGCUUUAAGAGCAGUACAGUCGAAAGAGGAGACACGCGAAGCAUUAGCAAAUCUGGACCGUCACAUCCCGAUGCGCUGGGUGUUAACUUGGAAGCCAUUGAUCCCACCUGAACCUCCUGAGCCAGGUAAGCCCACAACGGUGGACAAGUCUGGAAGCAAGAAAGCGAAGGCAAGAGUUGUUUUAAUUGGCUUUAAACACCCUGAUCUUGUGAAACGUGAUCCGAUUACAGGGAAGCCGGAAUUGGCAACAGCUUCGCCUACCAUUUCGCGUACUGGAAGAAAUUUGCUUCUGCAAGCCAUCGCGUUUGACAAGCAUUUCCUAGAAAGUGCCGAUGCCAAGAGUGCCUUUCUCCAGGCCGACAACCGGGAGGAGGGUCGUCGACUUUGGACACGUGGCGUUCCAGAGCUUGCGCGAUCACUUGGAAUGCCUGAGGCGCGUUUGUUCCGCAUCAUGGGUGCAGUGUAUGGACUUACGAAUGCUCCGCGUAUCUUUUGGAAAGAUGUUGAUUACAAGUUCAGGAACAUAGGAGCUAUUCCACAUGCGCUGGAUCGAUGCGUGUGGUUAUUUCCAGAUAAAUUUGGGAAAAUUUGCGGUAGAGCUGGUUCACAGGUAGAUGAUUUCUUGCUUGGUGGCGACCCGUCAAGUCCAUGUUGGAAGAAGUAUAGAGAGAAGAUCCAACAGAUGUACCGUUGGAGCCCUUGGCAGAAGAGUGAUUUCAUCUACAGCGGAUGUCGUAUCAAGCAGAUGUCAAAUCAUAGCAUCUUCUUGUCCCAGGAAGACUUCUGCAACUCAGUCCGUCCCGUGGAGAUUGCGCAGGACAGAUCCCGGAGUGACAAUGAUCAAAUGUCGUCGCAUGAACUGUCUCAAUGCAGAGCGCUGAUCAUGAAAUGCCAAUGGCGGGCUAUUCAGUCUGCACCUCAGUACUCAGCUCGGAUAGGCAUGUGUACUUCAGCUUUGAAGGACAACUGCCUUCGAAACCUGAGAGAGGCGAACUCAAUUGCGAAAGAGCUUCGGAAGAGUGCUAAAGAGGAUUUGGUAUUCCAUAAUUUUCAUGAUUGCCAAGAAGUAGAUAUCACUUACAAGGAUGUGAUUUUUCUUCAUUGGGGCGAUGCAGGACACAAGAAUCGUCCAGAUCACAGUAGUACUGGUGGCUAUGUAACUGGCAUGUCUGUGCCUAGCAUUAUGCACGGCAAAGAAUCUCCGGUGAGCAUUCUGGAUUGGCGAAGUUGGAAACUCCGAAGACCUGCAAUUGGAACCAAUAGCAGCGAGGGUCAAGCCAUCUGUGAAGCAGAGAACAAGGGAUGGCGAUGUCGUCUCUUUUGGGCGUUGUUACAUGGACACGAGUUGAAACAUGGUCAAGCAGAUGUGCUUACUUCGAUGUUCAUAUCCUUGCUGAUCACAGAUUCGCGAGGUUGCUAUGACAUGCUUGCCUCGAAUGAAUCGUUAGGUAUGGCUGGAGAAGAUGCGAAGACUUCAGUAGAUCUCCUUUCUGCCAAACAUGGCCUAAGAGAUGGCACUCAAUGUUAUCUCACAUGGGUCCCUGGUGAGAUGAAUUUGAGUGAUGCCCUCACCAAGGUCACUUCUGAGGCGUUUAAAGUCAUGGCUCUGUAUCAUGAACGUAAAAGUUGGAUUAUCCGCUUUGAACAGGAAUUUGUCUCGGCAAGGAAACAGCAACGCCUACGCCGUGAGAAGCAACGUCUCGAGGAGAAAUCGGGACUACACUUUGCAGAUCUCCCAGAAUUCUGGGAAGAAGAUCCGUGGAGUGCGACUUUUGCAGAGGCCUACCAUAGGUAG